UAAAAUACGUACGUCAUUCCUCCAAAAGACUACUUCUAUAACCAUCAUCAAGACUUGCAUAAUAUAGAAAUUUAGCUAUUUUUCUUUCUGUUUAUCUCUUCGAGUAAUAUUUUGUUUCUGUGAUUAUGGCUACUGGGCAAGCACCAUUCAACCCCGUUCCAGCUAUGAGAACAUUCCCGCCAGUGGAGCAUCCAGUGGUGGUAAUAGGGCCACAGUACCUGGCACAGUACCCUGUUGAGCUCGCCGUCAACAGUGAUUUUAAGGUGUCUGACAUUAAUGGCACCCUCAUCUUCCAGGUCAAAAGUAAACUAUUAAGCCUCCAUGAUCGUCGUUUUCUGAAAGAUGCAGCCGGUAACACCCUUGUCAAUCUCAGGCAGAAGAUAAUGACCAUGCAUGGGAGGUGGGAGGCUUUUAGAGGAGAAAGCAAGGAGAAGAAUGAUUUGCUUUCCACAGCCAAGAAAUCAAAGCUGUUCCAAUUCAAGACUGAGUUAGACGUAUUCAUGGGUUAUAACAAAAGAGAGGUCCCUGAUUUCAAGGUCAAGGAA